AUGUUGGCGUUUCGUUUGUAUACAUUUUGUGCGCUUCUGGUGCUGCUUCGACCUGGCUACUUGAAGGCUUCGCCGCUCAUUGAGUUGGCCGCACCAUCACACAGCAGCUUCAUCCACAAUGUCAUAGAGAAAGUCUUCAAGGAAAGACAAGUAGAGACACUUCUGUAUAUGAACCGUCGACAGAACCUCAAUUGUCCUUCGAAGGAAGUCACUAUGGAUGGAUUGGCUACUCUGCGCAUGGAUGAGAAAAUCUCUAUCAACGUAAAGGGGAUCUUCAAUAAUGAAGUUCUCUGCUUGGUCUGUAUGUCCGAGAUGACAGAUGUCCUGCUGCUGCACACCCUGGCCCAGAACCUUGAGGGAAUGAGAGACGCGCGCAUCGUAAUUCUGCUGCAGACCCAGUCAUCCAAUCUUCAAGAUAAUUUCGCAAUAAUCGGUGAACAGGCCAAUAAUUACAAUUUUGUCAAUCUGAUCGUGUUGCAUUCUACUUCAUUCGAUGACAAAGAGCCGAUUGUUGCAUAUCGUCUUCUGCCGUUCCCCACUCCAAGUUUUGCAGCAAUUAGAGACCUAAAUAAUGAACAGAUUUUUCCGAAAGUGUGGCGUGACUUUAAGGGAAAAACGGCUCUCAUUUUACCCGAUCUGGUCCCUAUUCGUAGCAUGAUGACAAUCAACCCUCGCACUGGAGAGAAAUCUCUUAGUGGAUUUUCAGAUAGACUCAUUAUGGAGUUUGCCAAGAAAAACAACAUCAAACUUCGUCACCUGAAAACUGUGGGUGAUUCUGAGUAUGUUGAAAUAGUCGAUGUUCGUAGGAUAACCAGCGAAGGUAUUCUUGAUUUGCCAAUCCGAAAUCUUAUACAGCCACCGAAUCCUGGUCCCAAUUUAGAAUAUGUAGAUGUACAAUUUGAGCUUACGAGCAUAUUUAUUGUGGUUCCCUGUAGACAUAGAGCUAAAAUAGACGAUGCCUUCUUAGGCUUGAGGAAAUACUUCAAAAUGCUUCUAGGAUCAUAUUUUAUAUUCAAUAUAUUUGAAACUCUGAUCAAGUUCGGCUCAAAUUGGAUUCUCCGACGCAGACCCAAUAAUCAAUACUUGAACUUAGUCUUAAACCUGCGGGCAUUUGCUGGAGUCUUGGGACUUCCAAUGUACCUGAGACGAUAUAGGAGUAGAUAUAGCAGUAUUUCACUGCAGCAGAUCACAAUGCUGUUAUGCAUUUCCGGCUUGGUCUUCACCUCUUAUUUCAAUGCAAAUCUCAGUACUCUGCUGACAAAGCAGCCGAAUGAUGCAAAAUUUAAGACAUUCGAGCAGCUAAGGAAGAAAAUCUAG